AUGCGCAGUACCCUGCAGACCCGGAAGCUGAGUGAAGGGCACAGUCAGGGACGCAUGACAUUCAGGGAUGUGGCCAUAGAAUUCUCUCAGGAGGAGUGGGAGUGCCUGAACCCUGCUCAGAGGGCCUUGUACAGGGACGUGAUGGUGGAGAACUACAGGAACCUGGUCUCCCUGGGUGAGGAUAAUGUUCCUCCAGAAGUCGGGAUCUGCCCCAAAAGCUCUGCUAGAUUCAUGAUCAAGGAAUUACUACCAAAGAAAGAAAUUAAUAACAGAGAAUUAUGCCAACCAGUGGUCUUGGGAAGACAUGAAAGCCAUGGCCUUGAGGAUUUUGACUUCAGGAAAGUUUGGGGAAAUAUGUAUGAAUUUGAGAGUAAGUGUGGAUAUGAAGAAAGAAAUUCCAAAGGAGUGCUUGUGACAGGUACUCACCAGAAAACAAAAAUUAGAGAAAAACCAUACAAAUGUAAUGAGUGUGGAAAGACUUUUAGCCAUCAUUCAGUCCUUACUAGUCAUCAGAGAAUUCAUUCUGAGCAGAGACCUUACAAAUGUAAUGAGUGUGGUAAAGCCUUUAAGCAGUUCUCAAACCUCACAAGACAUCAGAGAAUCCAUACGGGAGAGAAACCGUAUAAAUGUAGUAUCUGUGACAAGGUCUUUAAUCAAAAUUCCCACCUUACAAAUCAUUGGAGAAUUCAUACUGGAGAAAAACCAUACAAAUGUCAUGAAUGUGGUAAGGCUUUUAUCAAAUGUUCAGAUCUCUGGCGUCAUGAGAGAAUUCAUACUGGAGAGAAACCUUACAAAUGUAAUGAAUGUGGUAAGGGUUUUACCAAACGUUCAUAUCUUUGGGAUCACAAGAGAAUUCAUACUGGAGAGAAACCAUACAAAUGUAUUGAAUGUGGCAAGGCUUUUAUCCACAUUUCAAGCCUUGUGAAACAUCAGAAAAUCCAUUCUGGAGAAAAACUAUACAAAUGUAAUGAAUGUGGUAAGGCUUUUAUCCAAAGCUCAAGUCUUGUGGAACAUCAGAGAAUUCAUACUGGUGAGAAACCUCACAAAUGUAAUGAAUGUGGCAAAGCCUUUAGUCAAAAUUCAAACCUUACAAUUCAUCAGAGAAUUCAUACUGGAGAGAAACCUUACAAGUGUAAUGAGUGUGGCAAAGCCUUUAAGCAGUAUUCAAGCCUCAUAAGACAUCAGAAUAUACAUCCUGGAGAGAAACCACACAAACGUGUGAGUUGCCACUCCUUUGUCCUCAGGAUAAUGACAGUUUUGAAGGAUGCACUCAUUGCAGGAUGUCCUUCAGUAUGGAUUUGUCUGAUUGUAUCUGUCACCCUUAGACUCAGUAAGGGGAGGUAUGACUUUGAAAGGGGUUCAGAGAUCCUGAGGGCUGCCAUGGUCACCAUGUGCCAGGCUGCCAUUGCCCUGGGCUUUGGGGACAGGGCUGCUGCACAGGGCAGUGGGAGGAGACAUGCAACCCAGACUGUCGGGGGACCACUGAUGCUCCCAUGGGUCCGGGCAGACAGGGUUGCCAUCGCUGUGGGCCCAGAAGACAGAACAUCCAGCAAAGAGGGUAACAGUUGA